AUGGGCAACCUGACAGAAACCACGCCGGGCGUCGUGCAGGCCGCUGUCCAGUAUCUCAAGUCCAACACGCUGCUAGCCGUAACCUCUUCGGUGACCUUUUCGGCACUGCUCCUGAUAGUCAUCAGCUACCUGCAUACUUCGAAACGGCCAGACGCAAAGCUUCUCCCAGGACCCAAGGAUCGUUGGCGGCGCACGCGAAAGUUCAUGCACCAGCUUACCAUGCCUGCUGCGGCAACUUCCUAUGAGCCCGCCCAGCUGCUCGAAUCGACCCGCGUAGUCUACAACCUGCUUAAAGACCCGACGACCUACGAACAUGUGUUUGAGCAGUACUCAGGCGGGCUCAUCUUCCGCAUCGGCUACGGCAAGAGAAUCGUCACGGGCGAGGAAGACGCCCUUCGUCGUAUCAUACAGGUCAACCGUAACCUCGAACGCAUCGCGUCCCCCGGAUCCUACCUCGUCGACACAGUCCCUAUGCUUAAAUACUUGCCUGCAUGGCUCGCGCCAUUCAAGGCGGAAGCCGCGCGGUUGCAUUCAGAAGAACUCUCCCUCUUCCGCGAGCUGCUCGACGAAGUCCGCCAGAGGGUACGCAACGGCACAGCGGCAUCUUGCUUCGCCAGCCAGCUCGUUGUCCAGCAGGAGAAAUUCGGGCUUAGCGAUGACGAGGGUGCCUAUGUAGUAGGGACCAUGUUCGAGGCAGGCAGCGGUACUACUGCUGCCGUGAUGAUGAGCUUCUGUCUUGCUAUGACACUGUAUCCCCAGUGGCAGAGUCUCGUCUGGGAAGAGGUCGACCGCAUAUGCGGCGACAGAAUGCCGGAUUUCCAGGAUAUUCCUGAGAUGCCGGCGGUGCGGGCUGUGAUCAAGGAGGUGCUACGCUGGCGCCCUGUAACUGCAGGCGGCGUGCCGCACCUGCUGACCCGUGAUGAUGUCUAUAGCGGGUUCUUCCUCCCAGAAGGCUCAAUUGUGCAUGCAAACCAGUGGGCCAUCCACCGCGAGAAAGCCCUCUAUCCCGACCCAGAGAUAUUCAAUCCUAACCGCUGGUUGUUGCCGGAGUAUCCCACUUACCGCGAGCCUCUAUCCAAGUUUCCGAACCUACAGAACUAUUCCGCCUUCGGGUUCGGUCGCCGCAUCUGUCCCGGCAUGAACAUCGCAGAAAGGUCACUGCAUAUCUUGACAGCUCGGAUAUUAUGGGCGGGCCGGUUCUCGAAGAAGAAAGGCCCUGAUGGAGCGGAGAUGGAUGUACCAGACUAUGACUACGGGUCGGGGUUCAAUACACAGCCGAAGCCGUUCCCGUUUAGUUUUGUAGCGAGGAGCCCUGAGAGGAUGAAGGCCGUGGAGGAAUCAUGGGAGAAGGCCCGGGCGGAGGAUCCGCUAAGGGGGGAUGGAGAUUGA